UUUUUGCAAAAGGAAAAUUAUCGUAGCAAUGAUUGUGUUUUGAUUGUAAGUAAUGCAAUCGGUGCAAUGGAUUACAAUAUCAGUAGACUAUGUCGCGUUUGUCUGGAGGAAGGCGUUUUUACGUCGAUUUUCAACACAGAUCUGGUGGCGAUGGCUCCUGCCGAUAUGUUGGUGAUGUGUGCCAACAUUAAGGUAUCGAAAAAUGAUGGAUUACCAACGACAAUUUGCAACAAUUGCAUGUACCGUUUGGGAGUUGCAUUUCAUCUCAAACAACAAUGCGAAAACUCCGAUAUGAGGCUGAGACAGUACAUCGGACUGAUGACUGGCGUUUAUUCCAAUUCGAUAGACAAGGAAACCAUGACGGAUGAUUCGUGGAUGCUUUCCGUGAAAAAGUCCGACGAAGUGGAACGAAAAACGGUCAAAAAGAAAUCAAGUGGCAGAAGCAGAUACAAACCCAAACCUCCGGAAGAUCGCAAGAAACGGGGUCCCAAACCAACGCCAAAAAUUCCACAGACAUGCUACCAGUGCCAUAAAACAUUCAAAUGUGCUGCCCAGUUGCAGAUGCAUUUAAGAACUCAUAGUGGCGAAAAACCUUUCGCGUGUAGUUUCUGUUCGAGGAGAUUCGCACAAAAGCACAAUUUAUCGAUCCAUUUACGAACGCAUACAGGGGAACGUCCCUACCAAUGCGAAAUCUGCAGCAAGCAAUUUUCGGCGCUGGGAAAUUUUCAGGCUCACAAGAAGAUCCAUUCCAACCAACGGGACCACAUUUGUCACUCGUGCAAUAAGGCCUUCAUCACAUCCGGUGACCUGUCCCGGCACAUGGUCUCCCAUUCGGGCAUCAAAAACUAUCACUGUGAUAUCUGCGCCAAAAGUUUCAGCCGAAACCGAGACAUGGUAGCGCACAAGAAGAAAGUCCACCUGAACGACCGAACCACGGAAAACUACAAAUGCAUGGAAUGUCACAAAGUUUUCGCUACGGUUGACAGCUUAAACAUCCACAUGCGUGUUCACAAUCCGAUGCCAUUGGCAUCGCUGAUGCCACCCCCACCUCCUCAACCGCAACCGCAAAUCCAACAACCGAUUGCAAUUGCACCGCAUCACAGUCUUGGCCCGGCCUCGUUGGGAGUCGGGCUUGGAAUGCUACCCCAUACCCACACCCAAAGCACCUACCACACUCAGAUGCAUCCAGCUCAACGGUUGCAUCCUUACUAAGCUUCAUCAACAUCACUUCGCACAUCACAUUCAAAGUUUUGUUUAUUUUUCGGAUUAAAUUAAAAGCACUAAAAUGAUUCGUAAUUUCAUAA